AUGUUUCCCAUCCAUUCUAAAGGUGUUGAGCAAGAACUGAACUUCAUGAGCACACCAGACAAGAGGAAAUGCAGGGGGUUAAACCUACGUGCAUUACGUUGGUCUCAGGCACUGAUCUUCUUCAUAGAGGAAAUUAAUCGAAGUCCAGUGUUGCUGCCCAACAUCACGCUGGGCUACAGGAUUUAUGACACAUGCUGGACGGUGGCUCUGUCUGCAAGAACCGCCUUGUCUGUGGUCUCUCAGCCACUGAAGAGGAACAGCACAGGGGCAUGUUCAUCCCCUAACAUCCCUUUUGUCAUAGGAGACUCAGGAUCCAGCCUAUCCAUUGCUGUUUCAACACUGCUUAAUCUGUUCAAGGUCCCAUUGAUCAGUUACUUUGCCUCUUGUGCUUGCCUGAGUGACAAAAAGCAGUACCCUUAUUUUUUCCGUACAAUCCCUAGUGACGCAUACCAAGCCAGCGCUAUGGCCCGGCUUGUCAAGCACUUCGGCUGGACCUGGGUGGGCACGUUCAGUGCAGACGAUGCUUACGGCCGUACCGGCAUUGACAUGUUCACUGCUGAGGUGGUUAAUCUCGGCGUAUGUGUGGCCUUUCGGGUCAUCAUUCCUAAAGUCCCCACUCCACAACAGAUCCAGGAUAUUGUACAAACGAUUAAAGACUCCACUGCACGUGUGUUUGUGACCUUCGCAACUGAAGAGGACAUGCAGCCUGUGGUGGAAGAAGUGUUAAGACAGAAUGUAACAGACAGGUUGUGGGUGGCCAGUGAGGCCUGGAUUACGUCCACGCUCAUGUCUAAUAAAUAUCCCUUUCUCAGUGGCACCAUGGGUUUCGCUAUACGCCGAGCCGAGAUUCCAGGCCUCAAAGACUUCCUGGAAAGACUACAGCCUUUCUCCGAGCCUUAUAACCCGUCUGCACGGGAAUUCUGGGAAACAGAGUUUCAGUGCUCCUUUAACACAAGCAUCCCAUUUGGUUCUAUGGCCGAUCAGGUGAAGUAUAACCGCACAUGUACCGGAAAAGAGAGGCUCCAGGACUCCGAGACGAUCUAUAACGACGUGUCUCAGCUCAGAGUGACCUAUAACUUACACAAAGCUGUGUACGCUGCAGCACACGCACUACACAACUUGGUUAUGUGUAAAACACUGGAGAGAAGCAAUGAGAAGCAACUUUGUCCAGAUAUCUACAGUCUACAGCCUUGGCAGGUGAUAAAGUACCUAAAGGAGGUGAACUUUACCAACGUGUUUGACGAUGUUGUGAACUUUGAUAAGUAUGGAGAUCCUGCAGGAUCUUAUGACAUUGUAAACUGGCAGAAGGAGGCAGAAGGUGGACCCAUACGCUUUGUAACAGUCGGACGCUUUGACUCGUCUCUCCCUGCUGAGCAGCAGCUGCUUCUCUACCAGGAUGUCAUCAUGUGGCCGGGUGGAUCCAGAGAGUUGCCUUUAUCCGUGUGCUCAGCCAGUUGCCAGCCAGGCUACAGGAAAGCCCCACUUAAAGGAGAACCCAUUUGCUGCUAUGACUGCGUGCCCUGUGCAGAGGGAAGCAUGAGCAACAGAGUAGAUCAGCCGGAGUGUGCACUGUGCCCCGAGGACCUCUGGUCAAACCCACAACGGGACAGCUGUGUGGACAAACAGACAGAGUUUCUGUCCUACACUGAGGGAUUUGGUAUGGCCCUUGCAGCCACCUCCAUCCUUGGUGUAGUUGCUACAUUGACCGUAGCUGUUAUUUUCAUCCGUCACCGGGAUACACCUUUGGUGCGGGCCAACAACUCAGAGCUAAGCUUCCUGCUACUGAUAUCACUGUCUUUCUGCUUCCUGUGUGCCCUCACUUUUCUAGGCCAGCCAUCUCGCUGGGCCUGUCCGCUCCGACGCACGGCCUUCGGUUUGACUUUUGCGCUCUGUCUCUCCUGCCUGCUCAGCAAGACCCUGGUGGUUCUUAUGGCAUUCAGGGCCACGCUUCCUGGUAAUAACACAGCGCGCUGGUUUCGCCCUCCUCAACAGCGGCUCGGUGUGUUCUUCUGCUCCGCCAUACAGUGUGCCGUCUGUGUGGCUUGGUUGACCACAAAUCCACCUUAUCCCGUGAAGAACACGUGGCUGUACCGUGACCGAAUCAUCUUAGAAUGCCACCUCGGGUCAGUGGCACUGUUCUGCUGUGUGCUUGGCUACAUCGGCUGCAUGGCUGCCUUUUGCUUUAUUUUAGCUUUUCUGGCUCGGAAGUUGCCAGAUAAUUUCAACGAAGCCAAAUUCAUCACAUUCAGUAUGCUCAUAUUCUGUGCAGUUUGGAUUGCCUACAUACCUGCUUACGUCAGCUCUCCUGGAAAGUUCACAGUCGCAGUAGAAAUAUUUGCUAUUUUAGCCUCCAGUUUUGGAGUCCUGUUAUGUAUUUUUGCCCCAAAAUGUUACAUUAUUAUCUUUAUGCCUGAAAAGAAUACCAAAAAAUAUCUUAUGUCUCAAAAAGGUGGGAGGUGA